AUGUUGGUUUUGCAGAUAUCAGCUGGAUGUAUAAUUCUGGUAAUUAUAUGCACAUUAGGUUUUCAUGUUAUUGUUACAACAGCAACAACUGCCAAAAUAGAGACAACUGAAAAAUUAAUAGAUUCAACUGAGGAAAAUGAAAAACAGCAUGAGGUUCUUGAAAAAGCUGAAUCGAAAGAUAAUAAAGCUGAAAUAAUUAAACAUAUUCAACGUGUUAAUAAUGAUGGAACUUAUACUGUUGGUUAUGAAGCCGAUGAUGGAACUUUUAAAAUUGAGAGCCGCGAUGUUUUAGGGAAUGUCAAGGGAACUUUUGGAUAUAUAGAUUCUAAUGGUGAAAUUAAAAGAGUUUCAUAUACAGCAAAUAAUGGCACCGGUUUGAAAAACAAUCCACAGACAUCAUCUGAAGAGAUCCGUGAGAAUCCAAAAUUCAAUCGCACCUUAUUGAGUUCAACUACAAGACGACCAUCAUAUCCUACAUCAUCAUCGCCUGCAACAGCAUCUACACGAGGCACAGUUAUACAAACAAUACCGAGACGUUUAAGAAUAUUAACCUCAUCUAGUACAUCUGAAAAACCUUAUAAAGAAUAUUCACCUUCGUCUUCACCAGUUGUUACUGGAGCAUCAAAAGCGAAAGGAAAUGAUCCCUCUAGUACUAUUGGUACUGUUGUUUAUGCAACUUCAGUUCCAACUAGUAAGUCUUAUGUUAACAUAAGACCAACUCCUUUACCUGGAACAAAUAUACGACAACAAUUAUCAGAACAGCAAAUAUCUAGACCGGAAAAACUUGAAAUAGAUCAUCAUGUAUCACAAGUACAAAUUUCAACUAAUCGAGAAAUUUCAACAUCUAAACCGGUAACGGAGGAUGUGGAUGAAAAAGAUGAAGAAAAACUAAUUAUACGUGGUAACACACUACGAAGACAAUUGAGUCAAGAUGCUGACUCAAAUCUUUUGUAUGGUCCAUCAAGCGCUUCUAUUAGAAAUUUGCCAUCAGGAUUAUCUUCUGGGCAAAAGAUUCCGGCUUUAGUAUUAGCAGCUAGACAAAGAGCCUCCCAAAUACAAAGUACUAUUAAUUCACACGCCGAAAAGUCUUACUCUAAGCAAAAUGAAAAAACAAGUUCGAAUGCUGCAGAUGAGCCGACCACACAAUCAACUUCUGAACAUACAUAUCUAACACAAAGUCCUGUUCAAGAUCAAAUUCCAGCGAAUAAAUUAAUCCACCAAAAUUCUGAACAAGAAAAUAGAGUUUUAAGGAAAUCUGAACAUCGGCCACCCCAAUUUGUGCGAGUGCAAGGUUCACCCAAUGGAAGGCCUAAUGCUCCUCAAUUUGUUCGAAUACCCUUACCACAAAGUGGACAUGAAAGUGAACAAUAUCUAAGAGAAACAACACAAGUAUCUUCAAAACCGGAAAUUGUUGGAGAGCCAGAUCCAGUUGGAGUUGGACAAGUGCCUCAACAUUUAUAUUAUCGGAGACCUCAAGGUCCUGGACCGCAAAAUUUUUAUUAUCCUUCUCCACCAGUUCAGCAAAUGCCUCAACAGCAGCAGCCGCUUCCUCCGCCAAAUGGUCCACCGCCAAAUCAACCUGCUCAACCACAAGAUCAAAUGACAGGAUUUUAUCCACAAGCUUCACCUGUACCAUACUACUAUAGAGGCGGACCAGUGCCAAUACCUGGGCCAUAUCAGUAUUAUGGCGGAUAUCCAGAACGACCAUUAACAACAAGAGAUUUCGAAAGACUAUUGCAAUUACUAAUUCUUCGACACCAAUAUCUCCAAAGAAUAUCAGGUCCCUAUGGUCCAUAUGAUCCUUAUUAUGGUGGUUAUCAAUUUUCAAGAGCUGCUAUUCCACCUCCUGUUUAUGGCCCGUAUGAUGGCAGAUUUCCAUACAGGCCAUUACCGAUUCCACCAUAUUUAGAACAUGAAAAUAUGUAUCAAGCACAAAAUCAAAUACCACAUCAAUCUGAAGGCGGACCGCAAACACCAUACGAUUUGCAACGUUUAAUGCCAAGAAAAAAACAAUAUACACCUAGAUACUUCGGAUUACAAAGUAAUCAAAUAGAUGAUUUUGAAACGGGACCAGCACAAAAUUCCCCAACAGAAACAAAUUAUUUACCAUCUGACGUAAGAGAAGAACUUUUAUAUAGAAUGCUAAUGCUUGCUUUACAAUCAGAACAAAGUGCAACAAAUGCGGUCGUAACAAAUCCUGCUGUUUCAAAUUCAUUAACAGAUUCUGACACAACUUCAACUACAACGAAAAGCACUGCACCAUUAUCAUCUUAUAGGAAACCAGUAAGAAGUGUUCAGAUUUUAGGUGAAGAAAAUUAG